AUGUACAUCGACAUUCCUGCUUUUAUUGAUGGCCGCCAAUUCACAAUAAGCUGCAAAUUUGAAAUUCUUGCUGAUGGCCAUUUGCGACCAUUACCUCCUUCUUGGACCAAACAAUUCCACUCUACCAUCAGCAUUGAAAACCAACACGGCGAAAAUGUACUUCACGACAUCAAGGGUUACCCCGCAGACCUGGCGUUUGACGCUGUUUCUGUAGACGGAAUCUACGUAAUCAGUGGACGCUUAAUAUCCCUCAAUAAUUCAUGCACACCUCGGCUGUUUUAUGAGCCUGAUUAUCAGCUCAUCUCGCGUGUUUCAGACGACUCAUCCUCAGUUUUCACCAACCAGGUCUCCGUUCAAAGCGUGGGUCUAGUCAAAUCAGUAUCAACAUCAAGUGCUCAGUUUCAAGGUGCAGUAUGCCUCGUCGUGACACACGACGAUUAUGAUUACGUUGUGAGCGCAAAAAUGUUCAUGCAACCAACACAAUACAUGUACUGA